AUGGAAGGAAGCUGGUUCCACAGGAAGAGAUUCCUCUUCAACCUUUUUCUCAGUCUUCUCCUUCAAGGAAGGGACGAUACUUUCACCAUCAGUUGCUCGGGGUUUGGCCAGCAGGGGAUGGAUUCCACUCUUCUGGAUUCAGUAUUUGACAGAAAAGCCUUCCGUCCAGUCACCAACUUCAGCAUCCACCAAGUCAGCAUCUCCUUCACCCUGUCUGCCAUGCAGGAUGUGAAUGAACAGCUUCAGCUCUUGUCAUCAUUCCUGUGGCUGGAAAUGGUCUGGGAUAACCCAUGUAUCAGCUGGAACCCGGAGGAGUGUCAGGAUAUCACAAAGAUCAGUGUGGCAACCCAAAACCUGCGGCUCCCAGACAUUUUCAUCAUUGAGUUCAUGGAUGUGGAUAAGACCCCAAAAGGCCUCAUGGCAUAUGUAAGUAAUGAAGGUUGCAUCAGGUAUAAGAAACCAAUGCAGGUGACCAGUAUCUGUAACCUGGACAUCUUCUACUUCCCCUUUGACCAGCAGAACUGCACACUUACCUUCAGCUCCUUCCUGUACACAGCGGAUAACAUGUUGCUGGGCAUGGAGAAGGAAGUGUGGGGAAUAGCAGACACAUCCCAGGACAUCGUCCAGACCUACGGGGAGUGGGAGCUCCUGAGCAUCAACAAGGCCACCCCGAAGAUGUCUGUAGGCACCAACAUAUAGGAUCAGAUGAUGUUUUAUGUGGCCAUCAGGCACAGACCCAAGCUCUACAUGAGAAACCUUCUGGUGCCCAGUGGCUUUCUGAUUGCCAUUGACGCCCUCAGCUUCUACCUGCCUGCAGAGAGUGGGAAUUGUGCCCCAUUCAAGAUAACUCUUCUGCUGGGCUACAACGUCUUCCUGCUCAUGAUGAGUGACCUACUCCCCACCAGUGUCACCUCCCUCAUCAGUAUGGCCCCUCCAAUCUUUGGGAAGACCAAAGGUGUCUACUUUGCCCUGUGUCUGUCCCUGAUGAUGGUCAGCCUGCUGGAGACUGUCUUCAUCACCUACCUGCUGCAUCUGGACACCGCCAAGCCCCCACCCAUGCCUCAGUGGCUCCAUUCUCUUCUGCUGCACUAUACCAGCCCCAGGAAGUGCUGCCUCGCUGCACCCCAGCAGGGAAAGGGCCUGGGUCUCACCCCCAUCCACCUGCCUAGCCUGAAGGAACCACUGGAGUUGGUGGGGAAGAUGUCCAAUCCUAAAGAGGCAGAGUUAAAUGGGCACCCUGAAUCAACAAGGGCCCAGCAGGAACUUGAGGCCCAGAAACAGCACCUGGUUGACCUGUGGGUGCAGUUUAGCCACAUGAUCGACACUCUGCUCUUUGGCUUUUAUAUGCUGUUCAUGGCCUCCUCCAUCAUCACUGUCAUUGUCCUCUGGAACACUUAG